AUGUUUUCUGUAGCACCAAUCUUUCCAAAUUCUCAAUCAACUAUUAUUGGAAGGAGGACAUACAAUACUAAUAUUAAUGCUUAUCAAGCAAAUUAUCUAAGUUUUCGUCUUUGGCCCAAUUUGCGUUCCAGAAGAACAAAAUUAAGGAACCAAGCAAUGGAUCCUUCACGUCAUUUGGCUGAUUUUGAACCAACACUUUGGGGAGACCAUUUUCUCUCCUACACUCCUCAACAAACAGAAAUUAGUACACAAGAGAAAGUUGAAGUUGAUGAAUUAAAAGAGAUGAUCAGGAAAACGUUGGUGGAAACUCCUGACAAUAGUACACAAAAACUUGUGUUGAUAGACACAAUUCAACGAUUGGGAGUAGCAUAUCAUUUUCAUAAUGAAAUCGAAAUAUCCAUUAAAAACAUUUUUGAUUCUCAACUACAGAGUGAGAAUAAUGAUGACAAUCUUCACGUUGUUGCUCUUCGUUUUCGACUACUGAGGCAACAAGGCCAUUACAUCUCUUCUGAUGUGUUCAAGCAAUUCAUGGAUCAUAACGGAAAUUUCAAGGAAACACUUAUUAAUUAUGAUGUCCAAGGAUUAUUGAGUUUGUAUGAAGCAUCACAUAUGAGAAUGCACGAUGAGGAGAUUCUUGAGGAAGCUCUUAUCUUUACCACCACUCGUCUCGAGUCCCUACUCCCCAACUUGACCAAUAACUCACUUAAGAUUCAAGUUACUGAAGCGUUAAGUCAGCCUAUUCAUGAAACAGUACCAAGGGUAGGAGCAAGAAAAUACAUACACAUUUAUGAAAACAUCAAAUCACAUAACGAUUUACUAUUGAAAUUCGCGAAAUUGGAUUUUAACAUGUUGCAAAAGGUGCAUCAAGACGAGCUUAACGAGAUAUCAAGGUGGUGGAAAGAUUUGGAUAUUGCAAACAAAUUACCAUAUGCAAAAGACAGAUUUGUGGAGAGUUACUUUUGGAUAAUUGGAUUGUCUGUUGAGCCCCAAUAUAGUCGAUUGAGAAGAAUGUUAACAAAAGUAGUCAACAUGAACUCUAUUGUUGAUGACACUUACGAUGCUUAUGGAACCCAUGAUGAACUUGUGCUUCUCACUAAUGCAAUUGGGAGGUAACCUAAUUAGUUUUUAAUACGUAGGUCGUUUUAUCAAAUAUUAUAUCAUUAUAUG